AUGUUGUUUGGUGUGAAAUUAGCCAAUGAUACUUAUCCUCCAUGGAGAGAUCAGUAUAUCGACUAUGAGAAGUUGAAGAAGCUUUUGAAGGAGUCCGUUAUUCGUGAUUCUGAGAUUAACAAUAGUGGUAGUAAGAAGGGGAAAAAACAGGGUAAGGCGGAUGAGUAUUGGACGGAAAAAGACGAGUCGAAGUUUGUGACGGCGCUAGAUGAGGAGCUUGAGAAAGUGUAUAGUUUCCAGACUUCGACUUACAAUAAGAUUAUGAACACGUUGAAUAAGCUUGAAGAGGAGACUGACAAUGACGAGAGUUUGCAGUCUAUUGAUUUCCAAGCGUUCCAGCAACAUUUGGAGGAGUGUUUGAGUCAGGCGCAGGAAUUGGACAAUUUCCAGCGUUUGAACUUUACUGGGUUCACUAAGAUUGUUAAGAAGCACGAUAAGUUGCACCCUGGGUACCCAUCUGUGAAGUCGUUGUUGCAGGUUAGAUUGAAGUCGCUUCCAUUCCAUUCGGAAGAGUAUUCGCCUUUGUUGUACAAGAUUUCUUACUUGUACAAUAUUGUGAGGAACAACUUCUCAACUGUGUCCAAGUCGUUGGCGAAUUCUUCCAAGUUUUCGUCGAUUCCAAACCACGAGGAGACCACGACGCAGUCGUUCAAGUUCUGGGUGCACCAGGAUAAUUUGAUGGAGGUGAAGACGAAUAUUUUGAGACGGUUACCCGUGCUAGUUUAUGCACAGGCGCCAUCUGAGAGUGACGAUUUAAUCAACAGGUUAGAGUCGUCGCUUUUGAAUGACGACGGCGGGCCUGCGAUUUCCAAUUCGAGCAACGAAACGGAUGUGGGCCAUUUGAACAAGAGUUUCGAGCCCGUGAUUUCCACGUUGUACUUUGACAACGACGCAUUCGAGUUGUACAACAACAAGUUGUUGAAGACCAAUUCUGCUCCAACGUUGCGUUUGAGAUGGAUCGGGAAGUUGAGUGACAAGCCAGACAUUUUCUUGGAGAAGAGAAUGUUUGUCAUUGACGAUGAGUCAAACAGAACCGACUUUGAAGAGACUAGAAUCAAGUUGAAGCCCAAGUUCAUCAACGGUUUCAUUUUCAACGGCGACACAGAAUACAAGGAGCUCAUGUUGAAGAAGUUGAAGGAGUCUGGGUCCAGCAGCGAUACUGCCAAGAAGUUGGAAAAUGAGUUUGAUUCCAUCCAGAAGUUCAUUCUUGAAAACGAGUUGCAACCUGUGCUAAGAACGUUGUACCAGAGAACUGCGUUCCAAAUCCCUGGUGACGACCGUGUCAGAAUCACCAUUGAUUCCGAUAUUAUGUACAUUAGAGAGGACUCCUUCGACAAGGAUCGUCCAAUCAGGGACCCUAAGCAUUGGCACAGGUCGGACAUCGAUGCCGAUGUCGUGAACCCAUUGAAGAUGGUGAGACCUGGCGAGUACGCCAAGUUCCCAUACUCGGUGAUGGAGAUUAAGGUGAAGACAUCUUCUUCAUUGGCUGCAUCUUCUGAGAACGCUUUGAGCGCGUUGAGCCACGGCGGGCACCAGGUGAAGUGGAUUGCGGAUCUUGCCAACUCGCACUUGGUCAAGGAAGUGCCCAAGUUCUCCAAGUACGUGCAAGGUGUUGCCUCAUUGUUCGGCGAGGACGAGAAGUUGGACAUGUUGCCUUUCUGGUUGCCUGAUUUGGAAUUCGAUAUCAGGAAGGACCCCAAGCAGGCGUACGAGGAAGAGAAACGCAAGUUGGAAAGACAACAAGAGCAUGCGGCCAAGAUGGACAAGAUGAAGCGACUAUCCGUUGUUGCAUCCGGCAACGGUACUUCUGGCGAUCUGUCCCAUGACGCUGCUGUUGCCGCUGCAACAGCAGCAGCCAAUGCCGCCAAUGCCGCCGCUGGAAACGGCGGCGCUAUCGAUGACGGUAGCAGCGACAACGAGUCCUCAGACGAUGAAGACGGGUCUGGAACGUCCCACAAAAAGAAGAGCAAGAAGAGCCGUCGUCGCCACAAGAACCUCGAACCAACUAUCAUGAGUCUCUUCACCGGCGCAAGCAACGCAGAAAGCAGCAAACUCACCGGUGUCGACUCCGAGGACGAGGAAAUAGAGCUCCCACCUGGCGUGAAAAAGCCAACAAGCUACUUGAAAAACGCAGGUCCGGUCAAGGUCGAAGCCAAGGUCUGGCUCGCAAACGAACGUACGUUCAACAAGUGGCUCAGCGUCACCACUUUGCUCAGCGUGCUAACAUUCUCCAUCUCGAACUCGGUCAAGAAGGCCAACUUGGCAAAGUUGGCCGACUGGCUCACGUACAUAUACUUCGGCUUAACCGUGUUCACCGGUCUCUGGGCCUACCACACCUACGUGACGCGUUUGAACGUGAUCAAGGCCCGUAGCGGCAAACACUUGGAUGCCCCUGUGGGGCCCUUGCUGGUGUCCUUUGUCGUUUCUGCGGCUUUGAUCAUCAACUUUGUCGUUGCGUUCGUCGACUUGGGCAAGAAGCGUGCCAACCCUGCUGCCGGCGACUACAUUUCCGUGGCCAGCGCACGUACAGAAUCCCCAAUCAUCAGCGCCAUCAUAGACUCCAUCACCGGCUGGUUGGGCGUUGCACCUGCCCACUAA